AUGGCUUCAUGGAAUCGAAAGAAAGAUUCAGCACCUUACGAAACGGCCGAAUUAAUCAUAAGUGGUAUUAUUCCUAUUUUUCUUAUUGUAAUUGGUACUGUCGGCAAUCUUAUAUCUAUUAUUGUUUUACUCAAUAAAGAAAAUCGGCGAACAUCAACUAAUAUCUAUUUAAUAUUUUUAUGUCUUAUGGAUACAAUAUCACUUUAUCAAUGGAAUUUAAGUAAUGCUAUAUAUACAUUCACAGAUGGUCAAAAACAAAUAUGGGGUCAAUCAUUAUUCAUUUGCAAAUUGAGUCAAUUUUUUCCUUUUUAUACUUUACAUACAUCAGCCAUAUUUCUUACUUUUGUCGAGCUUGAUCGAGCCUGUUUAUUAAGAAGUCGAUGGUAUAAAAUCAAAGUAGCUCGACCACGUGUUGCAUUUAUCAUUUGUGUUAUUAUUCUACUAAUUUUAUUUAUAUUAAAUGGAUUUUUAUUUGGAUUAGGUUUUGAAUAUUCGACAUAUGAUAAUAGUACAGGAACAACACAAACAACUGUAGCAUGUUAUUACUCAUUGAACAUUGGAUUCAAUAAUUUUUUUAAUAUUCAAUAUGCAUGGAUUCAUCUCGUGAUUAUGUAUUUUCUACCAUUUACUAUUAUAAUAGUAUGUACAUUAUUUACAAUAAAAAAGCUGAUUUUUAGACAAAUAUCUACAAAUGACCAAUUAGCAAUUAGUGCUCAACGUAACCGUCGUAUUUCACUAAUGUUGUUACUGAUGUGUUUGAUCUAUGCUGUUUGUACUGUACCUAAUCGUCUAUGUUUUUCCAUUUUCGCAAAUCUGAUUAUUGGGCAUGACUAUACUGAUACGGUAUUUCUUGCUACAAACACAUUAAUGUAUACAAGAAAUGCAAUGAAUGCAUUGUUCCUAUACAUAUCUGUCCAUGGGUUUCAACAAUAUAUACGUAAAAUCGUAUUACGAUGUCUUGGUAAACAAUUAAAUAAAGUGGAUCCGAGAAAUCAUACAAUGACAAAAGAUUAUAUGAUCGGAACAACGAUUGGUGAAAAACAAUUCGGAAUGAGAAUCAAUAAAUUCCUACAAUAA